AACUCAGUUUUUAAAUUUGGCGGUGAGUGAGACAGUCGUCGGCCCUUCACGAAAACGGUUGGGCUUUUUUGGCAAUCGUAAAAACUCACGAAUCACAUUUUGUCCACAAGUUUUGGGUUACUUAUACUUUCGCAUCGAGACUCCUUAGCUUCACUUUACUUUUGUUAGUAUUACCUCGUUUUUAUACCAAUUCUUAAAAUGGCGGAUAGAACAAGCCUAACUGCUAUUGAGUAUGCUGUUCGCAUACCAGCAAGCUUUGUUACUAGCAUGAGAGACUCUUCUAUUGCACAUCCAACUCCACUUCGUAACCUGCACAAAGAUUUUAUGGAUCUGCAUGAUGAAAUGCAAGUCUAUGUCAGAAUAAAGCCAUGUGAUGAGAAAAAGGGCACUUUAUCUAUCACCGGAAAUCACAUUAUUGUCACUCCACCAAAAGAUUCUGUUUCCUUCAAGAACAGGAACAACUCUGGAACAAAAACUUUGCAGAAAUUUAAAUUCAACAAGAUUUAUGAUGCAACAGUGAAACAGGAACAUCUUUUCAAAGACUCUGCACUUAAUUUAGUACAAGAUUUCUUGAUGGGCAAAAAUGCACUGCUUUUCACUUAUGGAGCGACUAGUGCAGGCAAAACCUACACCAUGUUGGGCAAUAUCAGAGAUGCAGGUUUAAUUCCUCGCUCUUUGGAUGUUGUAUUCAACAGCCUGGAAGAUAGACUACUUAAGAAUCCUGUCCUAAAGCCACUUGCUCUUAAUGAAGUCAUGAAACUGAAUCUUAACCAAAUUGAAGCAGAAGAGUUGGAGAGGACAAUUUUGAUGAGGGGAUUCGAUCUCGACUCAUCCGACACCAAGGACAGCAUUUCCUCAGUAUCUAGUGGAUCGCUGAAGGACUGGAAUAUUCGAGCUCGAGAUGAGACAGUUUGCGCUCUUCAACACCCUCAAGAUUAUUUUUCAGUUUGGGUAUCGUACUGCGAAAUUUAUAAUGAACAAGCCUUUGAUCUACUGGAUGGAUGUGACAAAAAGAAGAAACGAGUAGCCUUGCGUAUUACUGAAGAUCGCAAGGGGAAAUUCUUUGUUAAAGGCCUUAAAGAGAUUUGCGUCCGUACUGCUGAUGAAGCUGUCCGAGUUUUGCUUUUUGGAAAAGAGAACUUACACUUCGCUGCUACCAAGUUGAACCACAAUUCCAGUCGAUCUCAUUGCAUCUUUACGGUUAAGCUAAUUCGAACAAACCAUUGCGACGAGCCAAGUGAAGCUGCCAUCCACAUGAUGUCCUUUGUCGAUCUUGCUGGAAUGGAACGAACAACAAAGACUCAAAGUAAAGGUGAACGGCUAAAAGAAGCCGGAAACAUCAAUACUUCACUCUUGAUACUUGGUCGUUGCAUCGACGCUAUGAGAAGUAAUCAACAAAACUCCAGCAAUAAAACAACAAUGAUUCCGUAUCGAGAGUCUAAAUUGACGCGAAUCCUGCAACACUUUUUUUCUGGUCAGGGUAGAGCCGCCAUGUUUGUGAAUGUCAGUCCCUCUGCAAACUUGUGUGACGAAACUCUUCAUGUUCUCAAAUUUGGCGCCUUAGCUCAAGAAAUAAUCAUUCAGCCGGAUCGUGACGCUUCAGUUGCUGAUAUAUCCAGUAGCCAAUUCGCUCCACCUUUGCGUCCAUCAAAGUUUCAACAGUACGUUCGCAAAUCAAUCAGUAUUUUAAGUGCCAGGGCGUCAGUGCUAGAGACGUCGACGUUCCAGGCCAUUGGUGAAGAAGAUGACUCUCAAGAGCGGAUUCAAGAAUUAGAAGAAGAACUUGCUCUGCUUAAAGCUGACUGGGAAGAAAACGAACAGAAGGUUCGUGAUGAAUGUUGCAACGAAUGGAUAGAAAUUGUCACUAAGAUGGAAAAGUCGUGGAAUCAGCGAUAUGAAGACACAAAGGCGCGCUACGAAGAGUUUUGCGAAAACCGAGUGGACCUUAUGGCUACGCUUAUAAACAGCAACGUGAAAAAUAAAAAGCGCAAGAAAACUAAUGAAGAAGACCUUGAACACAUGGCUUUGAAAUUCAAAGACAAAGACGAUGAAAUAGAAAUUCUACAAGAUUCAAAUCAACAUCUACAAGAGCAGCUCGAAAAGCUUAAAGAUAGUCUUAAGGCAAGUGAAGAAAGUAAAGGAAAUUUGCAGAAGGAGAUGACUCGACUCCAGUUUGAAGUGGCGGCGGCUUCUAAACCAAAAAUCAACUUUUGUGGCCCUGAGGUUGAGGAUGAAGAAGACGUUGACGAACCGCACGUUAAUAAUUUGGCUAAACUGAAAGAACAGUUAUCUUCGAAAGAUGAAAUGCUCAAUGAAGCCGUAUUGGAAUACCACACUAAAUGUGAGGAGAUGACUAUAGUUCAGCAAGAAAAUGAACGUUUGUUGAAAGAACUCGAGCAGACUAAGGAAACGUUAUCAGAUGUCCAGGCGGAAUUGGAACAAAGCAAUCUACUUUUGACUAAUGCAAAUGAGAGACUUGACGUCAGGGAAGAGGAACUCGUGAAUCUAGAAGAAAAGUUAAUGAAAGCGAAUGGCCAGUUCGGGCAUCUUAACACAGAAUUACGUGAAGCAAAGAGACGAAUUCGAGAUCUCGAAUCGCAUAUUAAGGAUCAAACUAAUGCAAGUAUGGUAUCCACUAUGUGUGAAGAACUGCAGAAGCAACUGCUUGAGGCUGAAGCUAAACUGGAAAAGCGCCAAGACGAAAUCGAGUGCCUCAAAAGGGAGUUGAGUCGCAAAGAUUGCAUCGAAGUCAAAGGUGAUGCGAUUCAAGAGGAACUGAAAAAUUUGCGCGACCGAUUUUCGAAAGUUCAGAUUCAACUCAGUAUUUCUAAAGAAGAAAUAACAACUCUUAAGGAAGCCAACGAAGAAAUGAGAUCUCGAAGAGAAAGCCUUCUUGAUCAGAUAUCUCAUUUGAAAAAGGACAUUGAAAUUUCCAGUACUGAACGGAAACACGACGAAGGUAGUCAAUCUCACUUAUUGGAAGAAAACGAAAGGAUGCACAAAAAUUUGAGCGAUAUGAAAGACGCCAAGGCUAAACUUACUAAAGAGAAUGCCGAAUUCCGGAAAACCAUGGCGGAAUACGAGUAUACAAUUGAAGAGCUAACAAUUCAGAUUGGUCAGCUAAAAACAAUCAAACGUGAACGAGGUUUACUGGAGGAAGAGCUUAAAACUUUAGCCGCUACUCUUGCUCGGGUUCAACUGGGGAAGUCUCAAAUGGAAAAGGAAGUAGACCAGAUCCGGAAUGAGUGUCAGGUUUCAGAUGAACAAUACGAAAAGUUACAAAUCCAGUUGGAAGAAAGUCGCAGUCGAGAAGCAGCGUUAAAAGAAGAGCUCAAACGUUUGAAGGAAGAUUUGAAAUGUGCUUCGAAUAGUACUGCUGGAUCCGUUUCAGAAAUUUCCAGUAAAGAAGCUGAGCUGCUGGAAUUGAAAGAAAAAUUGGUAGCCAUGAAACGGUUGAAAGAAGACGAUAAACUCGCACUGGAAAAAGAGUUCAAUGAAAAGCGUGAUCAACUUGAAAAAAACAAUGAGAAGCUCACAAAAGAAAUGUUGAAGCACAUGAGACGUGCGGACGAGUUGAGCGAAACCAUUCAAUCAGUUGAAGAGAAGUUGAAACUAAAAUCGCAAAAAUGUGAUUCUCUUUCCAAGCGAAUUGUCGAACUUGAAAAUCAGACUUUGAGUUUAACAGAUAUUCAGAAUCGACUGGUCGAUCAUGAAAUUGCCCUAAAGGAAAAGGAAAAUGAAACCCAAUCCGUAAUCAAAGAACUAGAAAAGAAGAAUCUUAUUAUAGAAGACAUGAAACAGCAAAACGAGCGCGUGUUGAUGGAGAAAAAUGGAGACAUAAAUCGCUUGGAAAAUGAGCUGAAGUCCAUACUGAGCGGUCAUGUCAACUAUAAAGGGCCUAUCAUAAAAGUAGAAGGUCCGGCCGAUGAUGAACUGCAUCAGGACGACGGCUCGCUGAUGGUUACACCAACUCCAGCUAAAUCUAGACGAGGUCGUCCCAAGAAAAUUGCUUCACCUGUAAGUUACUAUUCAAAAUCGAAUGCAGAGGUCGUCACAUUAACAUUAUUAUUGCAGGAUUCUAUGCAAAAGGAAGUGGAAGAGAACAAAUCUGAAACAGGUAGCCAAUGCGGUAGUACACGAAGUAGACGAACACUUAAAACGGAGUUUGCCGCACUACCAAGCUCCACAAAGACCUCCACUAGAAAACCACGCAAGCCCAAGUCUGAUUGUGAAGAUGUGGCGCAUCCAGCUCAUUUUUCUGCCCCACAUCUUGAGGAAGAUCCUAGCUUGGAAGCCAGUACUCUGGGAUCAAGCAAGAGAAGACUGUACAAUGCAAAAUGCCCUGAUAUUCUCCUGCCGUCGUCAACGAAGGAGGAAGCUGCUGAUGGAUUGGAUUUUCCGAAGCGCAUGGCCACGCGUAGCCGUAAGCCGUAACUCGUGCUCAAAGUGGAUUUUAAACUAAAAAUAUCCAAUUUAUUAUAUUCACGUUUUGUUUUGGUACACUGUUAUGUAUGAUAUAAUUUCUGCUAAUAAGUGUCGAAUCUAGAUUUCAUUGUCUCAGUAAUAAACAACUAAUUGAGUUGUAUAUAUA